GAUGUUUUGUCCCUACAGACCAGACUAGAGUGUCGUUACUGUGAUGUUUUGUCCCUACAGACCAGACUAGAGUGUCGUUACUGUGAUGUUUUGUCCCUACAGACCAGACUAGUGUGUCGUUACUGUGAUGUUUUGUCUCUACAGACCAGACUAGAGUGUCGUUACUGUGAUGUUUUGUCUCUACAGACCUGACUAGAGUGUCGUUACUGUGAUGUUUUGUCCCUACAGACCAGACUAGAGUGUCGUUACUGUGAUGUUUUGUCCCUACAGACCAGACUAGAGUGUCGUUACUGUGAUGUUUUGUCCCUACAGACCAGACUAGAGUGUCGUUACUGUGAUGUUUUGAUCCUACACGUCAGGCUAGAGGAUUUUUACUGUGACAAGACUAGAGAGUUGCCAUACUAGAGGAUCAUUACGAUGACAGGAUGGUAUGAUGGCGGACGAUGUAUCUCCGAACGCCAGGUGGUUCUAGUGUCGGCUUUUCUCACCAUGUCCUUUGGUUCGAGUCUGAUGUCGGCAACAGGGAUCAUUCAUGUGUCAUUGCUGAAUCAUUUUAAGGAAUCCGUCCCAGUUACAGCAUGGACUGGGGCACUAUUCUCUGCAUUCUUCUGCUUGGGCGCACCCUUGGCCGGAGUGGUCAUUAACAUGAUAAGCUGUCGAGCUUGCAUCAUCUGUGGCGCUUUUCUUAACCUGGUGGGAUUUGGAGUGUCCAGUUUGGUCAGCAACAUAUACGUUCUGUAUCUUACGUAUGGUGUCAUAGCGGGUACCGGCCAGGCAUUCGGAUACACGGGCUCUUUCGUAGUAGUUGGUUUUUACUUCAGAAAGCAGCGGAGUUUAGCUACUGGAGUAGUGGUUGCGGGAUUUGCCGCUGGUAUGGUAGUAUUUCCAUUCCUCACUCAGACCCUGGUAGCUGAGUACGGCCUGCAAGGUGCAUUCCUCCUUCUGUCAGCGGUUGGCUUCCAAACAUGUGUGUUUGGUGCGAUUGUCGCCCCUGGCCGUACGGAGCGGGCGUUGUACUCCGAGGCCAAAAGACGGCGGCAAAUAAGCAAAACGUCAGUGUGUAAACGAUUAUAUGAUGAUUUAAGGAUACUGAAUAAAAUGUCAUAUCUUAUUUUUUGUGUAAGUAUAUUUUUAUGGUGUAAAUCGCUUUCCAUCGUCACAAUGUUUGUGACGGAUUAUUAUCACACAACCGGAUCCAGUAUGGUGGAGGCUGCAUUUCUGACGUCACUUAUUGGAAUCGGAAGUAUAAUAUCACGUGUUCUGGUUGGAAUUGCCGCGGUUGAUGGCGGAGUUGACCGGAAGUUGUUAUACUUUGGAUCAUACGGAGUAAUCGGUGUGUUUACCUUGACCUUACCAUUCUAUGGCACGAGCUACUGGGGUAAGGCCUGUUUCUCGUCUCUGUUUGGUCUUUAUACCGGAGGAUCAUGGACACUGCUUAGUCCCAUCACCGUGGAACUAGUCGGACUAGAAAAUCUGGCCAGUGGAUUUUCUAUCGAGAUGGUUGCUGCUGGCCUCGGACUCUUGACCGGCCCGAUCGUAGGCGGCUACCUUAUUAAUGGAGGGACGGGAUUUACUUAUGUAUUCGCAUACGCAGGCAUGAUGCAUUUUCUGGCUUUUUUCUCUGGAUUGUUGAUGUCAUUGUUCACACAACAGGACCUGGACACCAGAACUAAACCAGAACAUAAACCAAUGUGUAUUUCAGAGAAGGUAGAGGACGUCGUCGUUUUAUACGAGACACAACCAGAGCAAAAGUCAUUCCUCAUUUUACCGACGGAGGACUGAAGGAUUGGACGAUCUACACCCUCCCUAAAAUUCACCUGCACGACCCCGAUUCCAGAUCUAUCCCAUAAUCACUUCCGAAAAUUAAACAUUUUUAUCAAAAUUCAAUCUGGGAAAUAAAGUCUGAUGAGUUGCAGUAAUUAACCUUUGUUAUCUCGAGAAGGAAGAUCCUGGUCAGUUUGAAAUUAUAAUGUCUCAAUAAUUAAUAUAUAAUAUAUAGUAUUUCUGCAACUUGAUAUUUAAAGAGCAUCUUUGUAACUUGAUAUAUUAAACGAGUAUUGAUUUGUGUGUUAUAUUGAUGUGUGCGUUAUAUUGAUGUAUGUAUCAUACUGAUGUGUGUAAUACUGAUGUGUAUUAUAUUGGUGUGUGUAUGCAUGUGAGCAGUAUUGUGAUGUGUAAACGAGAACGUUACUGGAGUAAGACUGAUAUCAUUUGAUUUCUAAUUUACAUACCAAAGUGGUGUCGUAUAAACAGGGUCUCAUUUUUCUUUUGAUACAUUAUUUGCUAUUAUUAAUAUUUUGAAAACGUGAAAAGUUGUUUAAUAUUUUCACUCUGCCAAGCAUGAAUGACAAAUUCCAUCCUUAUUGUAUUGUUGUAUAUUAUUGGUAAAUUGUUUACUUGAAUUGUUACAAUAUCGUUGAUAUUAUUUUCGUUUAGCAAUAUAACAACGAUAAAGAAAAGAAAGGGUGAUAAAAAUGUAUACAUGUAUAUAAAGUAUGUUACAGUAUAUCUCUCUCUAUAUAUAUAUAUAUAUAUUACAUUAUAU